AUGGGUGAAGAAGCUCGAGUUUUGGAUAUAGAGAGUAGAGAAGAGAACAGGACGAGACGAGAUCAUCUAAUUGAUGAAUCGGUAGUCGAUUUAUACCCGCUGAGCAGCUACUACUUCGGUUCGCGAGACGCCCUUCGCGUCAAGGACGAGAUUAUCUCUGAUCGAGUCAUCAGAUUGAAAUCAAAUUACGCUGCUCAUGGAUUGAGGACUUGCGUUGAAGCUGUUCUUCUGGUUGAGUUGUUCAAGCAUCCUCAUGUUUUGCUUCUUCAAUUUAGAAACUCCAUCUUCAAGCUUCCCGGUGGUCGUUUAAGACCUGGAGAAUCAGAUAUUGAAGGUCUAAAACGCAAACUAGCAUCAAAGGUUUCGAUUAACGAAAAUGUCUGUGUUCCAGGUUUUGAGGUAGGAGAAUGCAUUGGGAUUUGGUGGAGACCCAACUUUGAGACAUUGAUGUUUCCUUUCUUGCCUCCAAAUGUGAAACACCCAAAGGAAUGCACAAAGCUCUUUCUUGUUAGAUUACCUCUGAAUCAACAGUUUGUCGUGCCUAAAAACUUUAAACUCCUCGCUGUUCCUUUGUGCCAAAUCCAUGAAAAUGAAAAGACUUAUGGACCAAUCAUAUCGCAAAUCCCCAAGCUUCUCUCGAAAUUCUCCUUCAACAUGAUGGAGAUAUGA